AUGGCUCAUUUGCUGAGGGGAAAGCAAGCUGGUGUGCAGAAGGACCUGUCUUCUGGCCUAACACCGGAGCUCUUUGCGAUCGACGAUCUUGUCCGUUAUGGCGUCAACUCCCAGCUUGCCGCCCUUGCAUACGACCCCGUUCAGUCGCUGUUGGCCGUGGGGACCAAUGACUCCCAAUUCGGUGCUGGCUUGAUAUACGUCUACGGGCAGAAGCGAGUCUGCAUGACCCUCUCCACACCACGACGGGCAUCCAUACGACAGUUGCAGUUCAGCGCCGACAAGCUCAUAAGCUGGGAUAGCAAGAACGAUGUCUGCGUAUUUAGUUUGGAGACCGGGAGAUUGGUUGCCAGCUAUGCGCCACCAGGACAUGUUACAGCAGUGCUUACAGAUCCGAGCUUGGACUACUGCUUCAUAGGCAUGCAGAAUGGUGACAUCGUGACGUACGACCUCGAUCGGGACACCUUGACUAGCUUCAGAAUCCCCAAUUUAUUGAGGCAAGUCAAUCCGCGGUCGAAGCUCGUGCCAGUGGUAUCGAUGCAACUUCAUCCACGCGAUAUCGGCACCUUGUUGAUUGGCUAUACAGAGGGCGCUGCGCUCUUCUCCUUCAAACAGAAUAAAGCAACCAAGUUCUUUCAGUACGAGAUCCCGCGAGGUGCACCAGGAGGCGAUCCAGAUGUGGCCGGCCUGCAUGAAGUACGACGGCCGAGAUUGUCGCACGCGGUCUGGCAUCCCACUGGAACAUUCAUCCUUACCGCACAUGAUGAUUCGAGCCUCGUCUUCUGGGACCCUCGUGACGGACGAAUUGUGGAAGCCAGAACAAUUCAGACCACGAAUAUUCAUGUGCCUGGUGGGGGAGCAACAACUAUGGAUAGCUCGCCUGGUAUCAAGUCUAUGAAGCAGCCAUACUUCGAUAUUGCUUGGUGCUCAAAGGAAAAUCCAGAUGACACUGGUUUGCUGAUUGCAGGAGGGACACCAACUUCCUGUCCGACGCCAGGCUUAACUUUCUUCGAUCUGGGCCCGACACCUAAUUAUCAAACUUCUUCUUGGGAUGUCCUUGCCAAUUACUUCCGGGUUCCGAGGCGCACGCACAUCCUUCCCACACCGCCAAAUGCCGAAAUUGUAAAAUUUCUAUUGAUACCUAGGUCGACACCUCAUUACGCUGGUUCAAACGAUCCAAUUGCGGUCAUUACGUUGCUCUCCUCUGGGGAGCUGAUCACUUUAAGCUUCCCUUCUGGAAAUGCCAUUACACCUACCAAUCAGCUCCAUGUAUCCCUCACUUUCGUGCAUCCUUUUGUUACCAGGAUUGCUCUUGCCUGUGUUGACCGUACACGGUGGCUAGGGACACGAGAAUCCAGACAACAUGGCCCCAAUUUCCUUCUUGGAGGUGCAGAAGAGACCAAACCACUAAAGCGGCACGAGAACCGAAACAUAGUCCAGGCUGCACACGCGGAUGGCACCGUUCGAGUCUGGGAUGCCGCACAUGGUGAUGAGAUCGAGAACAGUGCUGUUCUGCAAAUAGAUCUUGCAAGGGCAGUUGGCAGAUUCGAAGACAUUGAUGUGACACAAAUGAGCAUGAGUGGCGCAACUGGAGAGCUUUCUAUAGGUCUGCAGUCUGGAGAAGUGGCGAUUUUCAGAUUGAACCAAAAUCCACAGUCUGGAAGAGAACCUCCUCCACCAAAACCUAAUGCGCCACCUGGAAGGCUAACAAAUAUUGUUGAGAGAGCUGAUCCAGUACUGAAGGAGGGGCUACUUCCUUUGACGCUCCUGAAUGAACAACAAGGACCUGUGACCGCUCUGAAGCAUUCCGAUGUGGGCUUCGUUGCCGUUGGAUUUCGAGGCAGUAUUGCUGUCAUCGAUCUGAGGGGACCUGCUAUCAUUCAUACCCAGCUCUUGAGUGAUCUAGCACCAAAGAACAAGAAAGCCAGCAUUCGAAGAAGUAACAGUCACGCGUCUGGGGGUGAAGAAGUGCCAACAGCUGUGGAGUUCGGUGUCAUGACACUUGAUGGUGAUGACUAUUCCUCAAUAUUACUAUUCGUGGGAACAUCACUGGGCCACUUGGAAACCUUCAAGAUCUUGCCAGCAAGCAACGGAACGUAUAGCGUUGCGUUUGCAGGGGUGGCCUCCCUCGGCGACCCAAUCAUCUCAAUCUCCCCCAUCAACGCGGACUCUGGCUUUCCAGCCUAUGCCACCCAGUCUGCAGUCGGCAGUUUAAAGACCGGCAACCGCAUCAAUGGCGUUCUAGUUGUCACUACCACAACGGGGGUCCAAGUCUUCAAGCCCGCCAGCGCCCGAGGCGCCCACAACUGCCAUAACCAGCUUCAGAGACCGAGGCGGCGCCCUUCUCUAAAAGAAAUCGGCAGCGCCAAGAUCUCGCACGUCCUCGACGUGAAGCGAUUCCGCGAAGCCAUCAUAACCCCGACGGGUGAUAUCCUCGGCUGGACGGGCCCCAGCGAGCUAGCCCUCUCCUCAACGUCUGGGGCACCGGCCAAAGCCUACCUCGCAUGGAUCAGCGGGACGCAGUACAUCACGCCCUCGGACAUGGAUAUCCUGAUCGGCGGGCCCGAUCGCCCGCCCAGCAAACGCAUGCUCACGGAGAUGCGCGAGGCGGAGAGCGCGGCGCGUGCCGCUGCCCGAUCAGGCAAGCCGCCUCCGCCCGGGCCCAACGGUGAGCAAGAGGGGUAUUGGGCGUAUAUGCAGAGGCAGGUGCAGGAGCGGACGGAGAGGCUGGGCCUCAUGGACGAUCAGAUGGGCCGGCUGGAGGAAACGAGUAGCGGCUGGGCGAACGAUGUGGGCAAAUUCGUGCAGAAGCAGAAGCGACAGAUGGUCUUGGGUGCGAUUGGAAGUAAGCUGGGCUUCUGA